GCCUCCCGCCCACCCACGGCAGCUUCCCCUUCCGCUCUCUGAAUGCGUUUUCUGCAGUUUUAGCGACAUCGUUAGACCUGUUUCCUGAGGCUGAAAGUAUUCUCCGCUGCGAAGGCAAUUAUCGGGGUCACUUGUGUGCUUUUCUUCCAUUGUUCUCCCUUCCCCCCCCCCCAAAAAAAGCCCCUAACUUUUGCAUUUUUCCUGUUAGCCUGGUUUUCUUGACCUGUUAAGUUUUUUCCUCGAAGCUCCCAACAUCUCAACACGUAUUGAUUGUAUUUUUCCCUGGGUUUUAACAAAUUGUUUCCUCGUCCCUCACCCACCUCCACCCCCAGCACAGAAGCAUCCCCUCAGAGGCUGGCACGUGCCUGCUUCUGUCCCCUGCAGCGGAGCAGCUGUCUAGAACUUUCUGUGCGUGUUCUCCUGAGUUGGCUUCUGUUUUCAGUCGGAUCAUCUGUUUGUUUUCCUUCGUUGUGUCGGGAUGCAUCUCCAGAUAGCUUUCAAAGGAAUUGAUUUUGAGUCCUUGGUUAUUUCCUUACCCUCGCGGUUGGAAAUUGGAGUGUAAAAGUCUAGGUUGAAAAUUCAUCUCGAGACUGAGAAAAUGUUGCUUAUCUCUCUGGUCUGAUUCUCCUUUGGUGUCUGACCUUUUGUUUCUGUUUUCUUCCUUUGAUAGAAACUGGAGGUUUUCCUUGGUUGUGUAGAGUUUCACGAUUGUUUUCAUUGAUGGGUUUUUGUUUGUUUGUUUCUCUCUGAACUGUCAGAUUCCCUCAGCCCUGGGAUAUUGUUUCUCUCUCUGGUAGGGCUUCCCGUGCUGCUUUCUAUUAUUGCUCUGAAAUUUGACCCAUUUCCCCCUCUUUUAUUCCCUUUUGUAAAAGGCUUGCUUAAUUCGUGCUUCCAAGCUCUCGUGUUCUGUGUUUUGUUUGGAUCGUUCCGUGUUUCUGAAGUUCCCUUCUGGUUUUAAUUCGCCUUGCUAACUUUUGGCGGGUUGCACUGCUUUCGUGGUGUAGCGCCCUGUCCGGUAACCAAGGAGGACGCUGCCGUCAUCUGGGGAGGUUUCCCUCAGGUUUCUUUCUUUCUCUUCUUCCUUUCUUCAUUUCCUUUUCCUUUUCCUUUUCCUUUUCCUUUCCUUCCUUUCUUGAUACAUGGGGUUUUUCAUAUCUGGUUAUGUUUGAAUUGCCAGCUUCACUUAGUGAGUCUCACUGCCCGGCCAGCCUGGGAAGGCGCUGGUGUUCUCUCCGGGGCGUGCGAGACCCCAGCGGCCAGAGUCCCAGGAGCUGGUCUCUGGUGCUCUUGCUGGGGGCCUCCAGCUGGCCCUGCUGGGCAAGGCGUGGGGGAAGGGCAGGCUGCCUGCUCUUUGGUGGGCAGGUUUUGAUGGGAUUCCCUCUUUUCGGCCUGGCCCUCCCUCCUCUCCUGGACUCUCCCCCACAGUGCCAGCCCAAGUGCAGUGUCCCUUCGUUCCAGUCCUUCUGACGAUGAAACUCCGGUCUGUGCGAGCAGUCUGUCGAGGCCCCUGGGCACGAGAUCUCUUGGGGAUGGAGGCAGGGACAGGGAUGACGUGUGCAGUGCGCUGCUAGGAACCAGCGGUUUGGGUCUCUAGUGGUCGCUGGUUUCCCUCUGACGUGGCGACCAGUUCAGUAUCUGAGUCGGGUUUCCCUGAGCUGACACCCGCGGGGCACACUCCCCAGCCGGCCUCUAGCAUUCGAGGGCCUUAUCUCGCCAUUAAGAAGGAACCGGGCUCAUCACCAAACUUGUGGGAACCCUUGGCUUUGUUAAAACGUUGCCUUCCGAGUCACUUGGGCAGCUCUUUGCUCCCACUGGGUCCGUGGAGUGUUCUGGAAGCGUCCCCCACGUAACACAUGACGGGAAACAAGGCAUCAGCACAAGCUGUGUCCUGGGCCUUGAGCUUGUGUCGUCCUCUCCUCUGCAGACGGGGGGACACCGCUUCCUCCUGAGUCCGGCCCUGACUCCGGAGAGUUGCCUUUGUUUUCUGUUUCUGGCAACAGCCAUCCUGAUGGGCGGGAGGCAGUGCGUCCGUGUGGUUCUGAUUUGCGGUUCCCUGGGGACAGUGACGUUGAGCACGUUUUCAUCUGCUGUCAGCUGCUGCUCACUUGAUCGGCACACGCCCCCCCACAGGCACCCCAUUUCAUUGUUUGGGUGAACGCUCUCCCGUAAUGUCCUUGAGAAGGUGGGAGGCUCCUCACGGAGGCCCGUAAGUCACUCAAGACCUAUGGGAGAGACCUCCCCAGCCCCGGCCGUGCUGCGGGCAGCAGCGAGGGCCAGUCGUGUCCCUCUGUGCUCCCCCCUCCCCCCCUGACCCCAGGAGUUUCUCACCACUUCCCCCAGAAAUGCUGGAGUCUCCCAAGGCACAGCGGGCGCUUCACGGCAGAUGCCGGCACAGCUCAGCCCCUGGCAGGGCCUCCCCCGCGGAGCCUGUGACCAGGUUUUCGGCUGAGCUACAGGACUCCGGAGAAGCGAGCAGACACAGAGACUUCGGGCCAAGGUCCGGGAAGGCUUCCUGAAGCAGGUUUCUCCGGGGUCUGGUAAAGUCCCAAGGCCAUCACCAUGGACUUCCAGCAUCGCCCUGGGGGUAAGACGGGGAGUGGAGGCGUGGCCUCCUCCUCAGAGAGCAACCGAGACCGCAGGGAGCGCCUCCGGCAGCUGGCCCUGGAGACCAUUGACAUCAACAAGGACCCUUACUUCAUGAAGAACCACCUGGGCUCCUACGAGUGCAAGCUGUGCCUGACCCUGCACAACAACGAGGGGAGUUACCUGGCGCACACCCAGGGGAAGAAGCAUCAGACCAACUUGGCCCGGCGAGCCGCCAAGGAGGCCAAAGAGGCCCCCGCCCAGCCGGCGCCAGAGAAGGUCAAGGUGGAGGUGAAGAAGUUUGUGAAGAUCGGCCGCCCGGGCUACAAAGUGACCAAGCAGAGGGACACGGAGAUGGGCCAGCAGAGUCUCCUCUUCCAGAUCGACUACCCCGAGAUCGCCGAGGGCGUCAUGCCCCGCCACCGCUUUAUGUCCGCCUACGAGCAGAGGAUCGAGCCUCCGGACCGGCGCUGGCAGUACCUCCUGAUGGCCGCCGAGCCCUACGAGACCAUCGCCUUCAAGGUGCCAAGCAGGGAGAUCGACAAGGCCGAGGGCAAGUUCUGGACUCACUGGAAUCGGGAAACAAAGCAGUUUUUCCUCCAGUUCCACUUCAAGAUGGAGAAGCCUCCAGCCCCGCCAAGCCUCCCUGCUGGGCCCCCCGGGGUGAAGCGCCCCCCGCCCCCCCUGAUGAACGGUCUGCCCCCCCGGCCACCGCUGCCAGAGUCUCUGCCCCCGCCACCGCCAGGAGGCCUGCCCCUUCCGCCCAUGCCGCCCAGCGGGCCUGCACCCUCCGGGCCUCCGGGCCCUCCCCAGCUGCCCCCACCAGCUCCUGGGGUCCACCCCCCAACAUCUGGGGUCCACCCCCCGGCACCAGGAGUCCACCCCCCGGCUCCCGGGGUCCACCCCCCGACACCAGUGGUGCACCCCCCAGCAUCUGGGGUUCACCCCCCUGCUCCGGGCGUCCACCCUCCCGCCCCAGGGGUCCACCCCCCUGCCCCGGGUGUCCACCCUCCCCCAUCUGCUGGGGUUCACCCCCAGGCCCCAGGGGUCCACCCUCCAGCUCCUGCAGUUCACCCCCAAGCUCCGGGGGUGCACCCCGCAGCUCCCGCGGUUCACCCCCAGGCCCCUGGGGUCCACCCUCCAGCUCCUGGGGUCCACCCCCCAGCCCCAGGGAUCCACCCCCAGCCUCCCGGGGUUCACCCCCCACCUCCUGGGGUCCACCCAUCUGCUCCUGGGGUCCAUCCUCCAGCUCCUGGGGUUCACCCCCAGCCUCCUGGAGUUCACCCCUCAAAUCCCGGGGUGCACCCCCCAACUCCCAUGCCUCCGAUGCUGAGGCCCCCGCUGCCCUCCGAGGGCCCUGGGAACAUUCCGCCCCCUCCCCCAGCCAACUAAAAAGCUGCCCCUUCUCCAGGCCAGUUCUCUGUCUUGUCCUGUUUCUCUCCAAGCUGUGUGCUUUUGUGCAGGGUUGUGCCAUGUCCCCGACGGUCAUUAAACGGUCUCCCCUGA